CGAGGGAUGUGUCCCCUAGCCUCGUUCCGUCCCGACGCGAGUCUCGACCGGCGGCUGCGCGCUGUCGAUGGCACGGGAGCUCAAGGUCGGAACGGGGUCUCUCCGACGGUCCACAUCUUCUUAGCCUGUACCACUGAGCUCCCACUUACAAUUCACCACCCCGACACUACCUCUGCCUACUCCAUACGCCCUCUUGUCUCCACUAGCAUCGAGUCUGGCCUGUAUUGCAUUCAUCGGAGCUGUCUCCGCUGCUUUCGGACCUCCCUGUUCGACCUCUGCUUCUCUCUAUACUAGGGCAAUCACUUUGUAGGGGAUCAGUGUGGGCACAUAACCGAAAGAAUCUCAAGAGAGACGCUUACUCUGUAGUAGUAGAGCUGGACAGUAUUGGGAUACAGCCAGAAAUUGCAUCGGUAGUGACAGCUACACAGACGUGAUCAAACUGUGAUCGUAGCGAGACAGCCGACAUGGACGACGACAACUUUGACCUGUAUGGAGAUACUGAUCUCUAUUCGGCAGUCGAUGGAGGGGACAAGAGCCAAGCAAAUGACGACCAAGACUUGCUGGGAGAGGAUGAUGCCGGUGUCGGGGGUAGUAGUAGCAACGACGCAUCUACGUCUGCAGCCGGAGCGCAGGCAGGAGCAAAGAGGCCUCGAGACGACAGCCAUCAGGAGGAGGACAGGACACAGCAUGCGGGAUCAACGCCGAUGGACAGCCAAGCAGGCGGAACACCCACACCACAGAUCACAGCUCGAGACGCUCUGUUAGGGCGCCCGAAGAAUACGGAUCCUACCGUUCAGAACUCCUUGUAUGUGGGCGAAUUGAAUUGGUGGACUACAGAUGAAGAUAUCCGUAAAGUAGCACAGCAGGCAGACGUGGUGAUCUCGGUCAAUGAUGUGACCUUCUCGGAACACAAAGUCAAUGGAAAAUCAAAAGGUGUUGCAUACGUCGAGAUGGGAACAGAAGACGAGGCACAGCAGUUGAAACGCUGGUUUGAGGAGAAUGACUUUCAAUUCAAGCGCUGCAAUGUCACACUGACCACUUCUGCCAACGGCAAUCCCUUCAAGACACUGCCUAAAGAACCACCGCCGAAGGAUCGCAACAACAUGAACAAUGUCCGCCAGCCCAUGGGCGCACGCACCAACGGCGGCCCACCUCCACGUCCCGGCGCACCAGGCAUGCCUCCCGCGCCCAUUGCAGGUGCUCCCAUUCGCAUGGGAGGCAACGGCGGUGGCGGCAUGAUGGGCAGACCGCAGAUGCCAUUCGGUCCAGGUGGGAUGAUGAACCCAGCAAUGGGCGGAAUGGGCGGUAUGAUGAUGGGCGGUAUGCCGGGCAUGGGCGGAUUCAUGGGUGGCGGCGUGGGCGGUGGUAUGGGAGGCAAUAUGGGCAGGGGUGGUAUGAUGAGGGGCGGGUACGGUGGCAGAGGUGGAAUGGGCCGGGGAGGCGGCAUGAUGCCAGGGAUGGGCGGCGGCGGUCACUUUAACCCAAACUUCUUUGGUGGAGGUGGCGGCGGAGGCGGUAUGGGUCAAGGAAUGCCCAACGCCCCCUCGGGUCCCUCAGGCGACGAUCGAGCCAACAAGCGUCAAAGAGGCGAUUGAAAUUGGUCGGCUGUCUCUUCCAUUACUUUUCACACUUCACUGUCCCUCUUGUCACUUAUUCAUGCGAUCAGCUCCAUCUCUCCCCCUUCAACCAAUCAAAGCAUAUUUCACGGGACACAUCAGAUGAUAUAGAAAUUGUGAUGACAGUGGGUACCGCGGCUAGUGACAGGCAAGUGCAACAAGGAUGGAUGGAUACAAGCAGAGCAAAUAGGGCAAGAAACAUUGGCAAUACGUCCCUUUCCCUUCUCGGACUCCCCGCUUAAUGGCUGCUGGCUCCAUUGAUGACCUGGGAACCAGUACCAGGAGGCAGGGCCUCUGGGUCCAGAUCGGCUCCCGCUCCUUGCG